AUGGAACUCCCACCGGCCAAGAAGCGGCGGCACCGGUUCCAACGGGUCAAAGAGCGCGUCUCCAAUCUGCAACAUGAGCUCACGCUCCACGCCAAGACAACCGGCGCCGUGCAAGAAGCGUCGCAGCUCUCGUUCAAGGAAGAGCUGGCGCUUCAAGCGGAACUCACGACGCUCGACAGCUCGCAGCUCCUCUUUCGCACGCUGCUGCCGCUUGUGACCACGACUCCGCAUCUACUGCAUUACCUGGAGAAGGUAGUGAGGUGUUUGCAGACAGAGCUACAGGAGGCGCACGAAGACCAGGCCGACCAGACGGUGCAGCGACAGCGACUGGUGCCCGUGCUAAAACUAGUCGCAGCACUAGCUCGAGAACUCGGCAAGGAGUUUUACCCGCACUUUGCCGGCGUCUUGCCGCUGCUUGUUGACGUGAUUGACACAAAAGACCCAGAACUCAGCACGCAAGUAUUCAAGACGCUUACGAUGCUGUUCAGCUAUCUACGCGUGCAGCUACUCGCUGAUAUGGACGCCGUGCACAAGUGCUAUUUCCCGCUGCUUGGACACUCGAGGGAUUUUGUGCGUGACUUUGCCGCGCAAACGUUAGCGGUGCUGCUCAGACGGUUGGAGUCACCGAAGGCCAUGAAAAAGUACUUGCGCGCGUAUUUGACAGCGCUGGUGAAGGGGUCUGGACGCAGUAACGAAGUGUUGCGCGAUGGAUCGGCCAAGUUGUUUUUUGCACUUGUGAAGAAUGUGGGUCAUGGAUUCCACUCGCGGAUGCGCGAGGUGUUGUUGUUCUUUCUCGGCUCGUUCCGGCCCACCGGUACCGAGAAGGAAGAGACGCUGGAGCAACUUGAGCAGCAAGCAGCAAUCUAUGGUAUUGUGUACCAAACGUGCGGACUUAUGAUGAAACACACGGACGCUGAUCACUCGGGCGAAAUGCUGGAGUGCCUUGUGCUAGUAGUGGACAAGGUGGUGAAUCUUCGGCGUGCGGAAGUUGUGGUACCGACCGAGGCCUAUGAUUUGUAUUUGAGUCGUGUGUUACGUGUGCUGCUUGGAUUUUUGAUCUCGCGAAGAGGCCAACUGAUUACCGAGGCAAAUGAUGCAUACGAAGUGCGCGUGCCCAGCAUUCACAAGGUUUGCGCUGCGCUGGUAAAUCCUGCCAACAAAGUGUUUGUCUCCCAAAGCACAGUGCUUCGAGAUGUGCUUAUGUCCAUGUUUGAAGUAGUUUGGCGGCUGUUUCCUGCUGAAGAUGACGCAAUCUCCGCUCAGAUGAAGGCCUUUUUUGCAGUGACAAGAGAACAAAAUGAGCAGAUGUAUUGGUGCCAAAAGCUCUUAACAUUCGUGGACCAGUCGGUGCACAAUCGCAACAUUGGCGUGGGCUUUGUCGUUGAGUUUUUACUUCCAAACGCCUUGGAGUACGCACUCAAAGCAGUUUUGAAAACGGACGUGGGCGCAUUUAGUGAGUUUGUGUGUCAACUUGGGGACUAUGUGACAGAAAAUGCAAGCGAGAUCAGUGACGGUCAGAGCGUUUAUGUUGUACGCUCGAAAACGAGUCGUCGGCCCUGGCUUCUCUUACUGGAAAGUAUUGAUACCGACGCCGAGGACAUACUUUUCGACGCUGGCCAGAAACUGUUUGGACAUGCUAGUAAUGGUACGGACAGCGACAGCGAUGGUAUGGCCGUGGUUUGGAAAUUUUGCAAGGCGUUAGGAUGCUUACUGUUGUCUGAUGCUGGAAUGAUUACUUUCACGACGCCCUUGAUUAAGAAGCUGGAUCAGCAAUUGACGAGUGUGUCUGCUGCAGCGGCCAUCAAAAUCUCCUGUCUCCGUGCUGAGUUGUGGCUAUUGCAGCAAACCGCCAAGCACCACCAAGGCAAAGAAUCGAAUUCAUCCAUUACGACGGAGAAUAUGAUGCAAGCUCUGCUAGAAAGUAAACUAUCGUACACGACUUUAUCGACGUUAUUGACGCUGGUUGAAAUGGAUGGCAAAGUGGAGCAGCAGAUAGUUCUGACAGUUGAGUCGCUGCCUCAUGUGGCAAAGCGCUCACUUUUUGCAGCCCUGCGGUCGCCUGCGCAUGAGUUGCGUAUGGUGGCGCUGCAAUUGCUGGCCCGCUUGAAGCGCCUACAUUUUCUUGACUCUGAUACUGGCUCACUUAACGGUCCAUGCAUUCUUCCGGACGUAUGCGUAAGUCUAGAGCUAGCUUGCGAGGACAUAGCUGUGGCAACGGAACGCGAAGCGGUGCGCCUGCUGACACGGGUGAAAAUAUAUUGCCAAUCAGCUCAGACACCUGUGGUGUAUAAGGAGAUGGCAUUGAAUCAUUUGCUGGGUCUGUAUCAUGUCAAGUUUUCUACAAUCUGGCCGCACGUCGCAGAUGCAGUAGAGUCUGCUGUGCGGCUGCACUUCACCGAGUGCUGGGCUUACAUCAGCUCAGAGCUUCUGGUAGCUUCACUCCGACAUGAUGACGACACGAACGAGAAGCGCAAUACCGAGCUGAGCAACAAAAGCGCCGUUGUCGCAGAAUUUGAACGUGCGUGCGUGUUGGAACGGGGAACAUUUCCUGCAUCAAGCGCAACGGAUUCUUUGACUCACCAUUCGCUGCUUUGGAAGGGACUCACUAAAUUUGCUGAUCUUGUUGAAUCGAAGACGAAAUUCAUGGUACCGCUCUUUGUCACAUUUUUGCGCGACCAAUACAGCUCCGUUUACGAAGAUGAGCUAGACGCCAAGCGUCGUGACGAGAUCGACCAGUCACUUGCCAAGCUCGAAGAGCUCGAUGACACCAGUGACUCGAUUACUUCUGGAUGGCGAAAGCCUGUUGUGUUUCAGGGCUUGACCACAAAAGAAGUACGAGGGAAGUUUGUGGACCAACUGAAACUUUUUUCAGCAUUUCAGAAUAUGAAGGGAGCUUAUGCGCAGCAGUUGCUGCAUGCUCUCUUCUUCGACCUGCUGAUGAAGUCGGAUGAGACGAUUUCGAAGCUAGCCUUGCAGUGCAUUUAUGCAUUUAGGAACAAAGCGAUCGUGUCGUACAAAGUGCAGCUGAACCGAUUGGCUGACUCAUCUUUGUUUCGCGAAGAACUAUCGAGCUUCAAUAUCAAAGAUGGAGAAGGCGUAGUGUUACGUGAACACCGCCCGGAGUUGUUGCCUGUCUUGCUGCGACUUUUGUACGCAAAGUGUGUUAGUAAGAAGGGCCGCAACAACGGUGACACCGUGGCUGCCCGUCGUACUGCUAUCCUAGCGUACCUGGCAGCUCUAGAAGCGUCUGAUCUAGCAAGCUUUGUGGAAUUGGUGGUGAAGGCGUUUGGCGUUACCGUUAAAGGUCUUGAAAGUGGACCGGUAGCAGCUCACGUGACUGCUGGUACUAUGCAGCCUACGGUCGCAGUCGCUAACGUGCAACCUUCGCGUAUUUUGGGUUUCUUGAAUCUGCUAGAGGACCUCAUCAAUCAGCUUGGUGUGAAGCUGACUGUUUUCGUUCCUCCAAUUGCUGACGUUCUGCUGGCGAUUCUCCAGGUCAGUGUUGUUUCAAGCAAAGAUGGCGAUUGCCCAUCUGACGACGAUCGAAACGAAGAAGCAGCAGUUUGUGCGGCUGGCACGAAGCGCAAGCAAGAAGAGACAUUGAUGAAUGAUGACACGCUGGCAACGUCUGCAUCAAUGAAGAAGCAAAUUCGUAUGCUCACUUAUCGCCGACUUGCGGAGUUGGUUGACACGUUUGACACUCUUGUGCACCUUCAGCCGUGGAUAGUGGGUGUGCUGGAGAUAUCGAACGAGGCGAUCAGGCACCUGCCAAAUGCAGUCAUCGGCGCCGACAAGGCGUCAGCGCUUCUAGAGCUGCUUGUAUCGAUAAGCUGCGCAGACCGAGCUCGUCAAUGGGCUCCUGAACCCCAUGUACUUAGCGUCAUCUCGUGCUUGACGGCAGGUUUGACGUCGGCUGGUGCGUCGACUGCGUCAACCCGUGGCAUAUCGCCUGAUAUCUUGGACUCAAUUAUUCGGUUCAUGGACUCGCUACUUGACGGGGACGAGCGUUUGCUUGCUGAGAUGGGCCAAGAGGAGCGAUCGGCUGCCUUGAGCGGAGAUGCGAAGGUUUUACUGAUACCUCACAUUCCGUUCGUGCUGGAACAUUUUGUGCGCCGUUUCCAGGCCAAGGCUGCACGCCACGCAAGCGACCAGUACGCAGGGUCGUCGCGGAAGGAACUUGCGUUUCUCUGCCGUUUGUCUCACCAUUUGGAUGCCUCGAAGACAGACUUUUUGAUUGCUGCGCACGAUCUGUUUCAAUUGUUGCUGCCAUUUUUACUGCGUAACCAUCAGACCUCACCGGAUGACAAGGCAAAUCUGCUCGUGGUAUUGACGCAUUUGGUCCCCAAGCUUUCCGAGCCUAAAAAGCAUGUGCUCGCUCUUGCGCGGCUGUUAGCUCCCGGGCUAAACGUUAUCGCUGAUCGAGAUCCACGCUUGAAGCUCGUGGAGGUGUUUACCGCCCUAGGUGCAAACUCUGUGCUCAAGGAGAUGGCUCCAGUGGCGGAAAUGCUUGUUGAGCUGAACGCUUACGAUACGAAGCGCAUUGAAGAAACGGACUCUGAGCGUCGCCUGAUUGCGCUCAACCGCUUGAGCUCGACGCGUUUUGCCGGGUUUCUGCUCGACACUCAUUCGUUGGCUCCCUUGGUAGCGCAAUGUCUCCAAUGUAUGCAUGACGAUGACUAUUCGGUGCGUAGUGGAGCACUUGCAGCGCUCACAGCUUUCCUGAGACUAGCCGCUGAAGCUGCCGUGGAACUUGAUGAGCUCGCCGAUGCUACGAAGUCUGCCGUGCUCAAUGCGCUGGAAUCUCUUGCCAUGCCUUGCAUCCGCUCAAGUCUGCGCUCGUCCGAUGAGAAUACGCGGCGUGGUUUCGUAACGUUGUUAGGAUCAGUGGCGGACCAGCACAAAGCGUUCAGGCAGUUAGCAUUCGUCCCAGCAGAUUUAGCACUGCUGCGCAAUCAGGAGGAUCCUGAAGCUGAUUUCUUUUACAACAUCACGCACAUCCAAGUACACCGCAAACGCCGUGCGCUCCAGCGUCUUAGCACGCUCAUGGAUCUCAUUGCUGCUAAGACGAAGCAACAAGUGGAUCGACAUGAGGGCGACGAACCGCCCCAACGGCUGUCAAACUCGACGGUGAAUAGUAUCGUCUUACCGCUCGUGCUGCAUUUUGUCUAUGAAGCCCACGCAAAGAGCCAGGAGUCUCUACGGGCUGAGGCCGCAGCAUGUGUGGGAAGUGCAGCUGGACUUUUGGGCUGGUCACACUAUCUUUCGCUGUUACGCAGACUGCUGAAGUCAAUUGAUGGGCACGAUGAAGCAGAAGGCGCUAUCAUUAUGUCUGUUUGCGCCGUGAUUGAUCACUACCACUUCGACGCACCCGAUACUGCUGCUGCUGCUGGUCAGCGACCAAGAUCGUCGUUUGUACCGGACGGGAAGGACCCGUCGGAUGUAAAGCCGAUUGAUGCCGACAGUGAGGAUGCAAGUGUCGACGAAGUUCCGAAUUCGUCUUCUAAAAUUCAAGACAAGCUGGUGGCGCAGGUACUUCCGAUGCUUCACAUGUACUUGUUCAAAAGUGCUACAUCGAAGAGGAGCACUAAAACAAGGGACAACGACGGCGAGUCGUCAUUCUCCGCCAACGAAGCAGUAUCGAUACGUGUACCGCUUGCCCUCGCGAUCGUAAAGGUACUGCGUCUACUGCACGUGGGAACGUUCCAGCGAGAGCUACCGAAGUUGUUGGUCAAGUUUGCAAACUUGUUGAAGAGCAAGGAUGAAGCUGUGCGAGUUUCGGCUCGCACUACGCUUGUUCGAAUAGCUGUUGAACUUGGUGCAAACUUCUUGCUUCCGAUCGUAGAGGAACUUCGUCAUACUCUGCGCGAUGGAUACAUGGUUCACGUGCUGUCCUUCACCGUGAGUGCGCUGUUGGAGAAACUACCAGAGAUUAUGCAAGGGGACGGACAGUCUGGACUGUAUCUUUGCAAACCACAGUCGUUACUGCUAACUAGAAACCAGACUCAAGAACCGAGUUGUGAGGCUAAGUCUGCCUCGCCUCUGGAUGCGUGCAUACCGAGCGUUAUGGAGAUUCUAGUUGCCGAGCUGUUUCAAGGCAUGACGACCAUUGGCGAGGCAGCGGAGGCAGCUGCUGGUGGUGCGGAGCGCAAAAGAACACAAAAGUCGAAGAUGAAAGAGGCGCGCUCAAGUACUGGAAGGAGUCUAGACUCCCUCGAGUUGCUGGCAAGAUCAUUACCCUUUCUGCCGAAUCCGAGCAUUCACGACGUAGUGAGUGCACUUGUGAAGCGUUUUCAAGCCACUGAUGCCGGUGCUCAAGCUACUGCCGCACUUCAGGAGGCUCUCAAGCGCGUUGCGACGGGCAUUUCACAAAAUCCAUCCGUCGAGUCGUCGUACAUGCUCCUGUACACGUACAAUAUCCUCACCUCGAGUCUCGAGAGUUUGCGUCCUACCACGGAACAAGAAAAAGCGCAAAACGAAUCGGAUGGCAGCAACACUUCGCUUGCGACCUCGUGGCUUGUAUCCGAAAAGGGCGCGGCAGCAACAAAGCUGCUUGCAGCUCGAAUAAAGUCGCACGACGUCUUUCGUAUCACGAUGCAGCAUCAGGUCACCGGGUUCGACAAGCUGCGUCAGCAGCAGCAAAGCAAGACGAAGAAGCAAAGACGUGAGGAGAUUGCUGCUUUCUUAGCCGAAAGCACGGCACAUGUGCGCGAGUUAUUGAACUUUGCUGUAUUCAUGAUCUUCUCGCUUCUUCGCAAGAACCGCGGCACCAAGGACCAUGGGACCGAAGGCAAAGCGCAAUGUGAGGCUCCGUCCGAGCUUGUGAAUCCGCUCGUGCCGCUGCUGAUGCGCUGCGUUGCUGAAUCGAAGAACGACCGCGCUGUCGUGAACGCGCUGAAGUGUCUAGGCUUGCUACUUCCUCGGCAAGAAAAGCUGCCGGCGUUGCAAGCGGCCCGUACAGCCCUUCUCGAUCGGCUGUUCAAGAUUUUGCAACAGGCAGGAGCGGCCACACACAAUGAGAUGGUGCAGACGUGUUACCGCACGCUCACGGCACUCCUCAGGCAUCAACAAGGAUUGGAGCUCGCCCAAGCGAACGGGAGCGCGCCCAAGGAUCGUCAAAGCGAGACCCUCCGACUCACGGAAUCACAGCUGCGUGUGCUGCUCAGCUUCCUGCGUGCUGACCUCGAUGAGCAAGACCAUCAGAAUGCCACGUUUGCGCUGUUGAAGACCAUUGUGAACUCCCGUCUCGUUGUGAGUGAAGUGUACGAUGUGAUGCUACGUGUUGGCGAGCUGUUGGUUCAGAGCGAUAGUCCUGGUGCACGAGUGAAUUGCGCUGCUAUCUACCAAACCUUCCUGCUCGAGUACCCUCUCGGACACAAGCGACUGUCCCGUCAUCUUAAGUUUCUGGUGGACAACUUGAGCUACGGACAUGCUACAGGACGCACCGCUGUGCUGGAGACACUGCGCUCUCUUCUUUUGACGCUCCCACAAGAGCUGGUGAACGCCCGCGGCCAAUUUUUCUUCUUGCCGCUUGUGCUACGACUGGCCAACGAUGAAGCGUCCGAAUGCCGCGACCUGGCUCGAACCGUGUUGGGUGCUUUGGUGCGUCGCAUGGGCAACAAGGAGCUGAACGAGAGCAUUUUGCUUGUGGGCACGUGGUGGGCGCAGGCUUCGAAGUCGGAUGCUAAAGAUGCAGUAAAGCUGCUAGGGACUGCGGCGCAGGUGACUACGCUGAUACUGAAGACUCGGCCCGAGUUUUUUGAACGCAGUGCGCCUCAAGUAUUGCUCGCGGCUCGUACAGCGCUUGAGCGUCGUCUACACGAGCUACAGGCAGUCGAAGACAGCGAUGAGGUGCGCUGGCAGCCGACGUACCAUAUGUGCGUGACGGUCACCGCUUUCAGCGACCAUCUUGCUGGUCCAUACGAAGCGUGGUUGGAAGAAGACAAGCCAACGACGAGCUUUUUGGAUGCCGUAGUGCUACCGCUGCUACAGUACCCCCACGCAUGGGUGCGUCUUGGUGCCGCCCGGCUACUAACGUCGUACUUGCGUCGCCGCCUAGCAAGUACGCUUGCGUAUGCAGCCCCGGUAAAACGUCUGCCGAGGGACGUCGUCGAGCGCUUGUGCAAUGGUGCAGCCUACCUGCAGCGCCCUGGUCGUCUGUUUGCUUGGGCCAGUGCGUUUUGCAAGUUGCUGGAAGCCCCGACACUGAGUGAUGAAGUGGCAAGCGAAGUGCUCACAGCACUACCGUUCUUGUGUGAAGCACUUGAGACCACUGACAUUCCACAGGACGUGACUGCUGCAGUAGCUGCUGACACGGGUGUGACCGAGGAGGAAGAUGCCGACCCAACUGUCGAACCUGAAGGAGAGGGCGAGGGCGUCAAGUCAGACGACAGCGCUGCAAGCAAAGCGAACGAAGGCGACGACGACGAGGAGUUGCAGCGUCGGGAAGCGCAAGAAAAGCACGAUGAGCAAAUGAAGGCCCGUACGCCGAUGGGCUGGUUGCUCACUCGACUGUCGUACAUGGCUCGUGGCUCGCACUGCAGCAACGAAGUGCAAGUUGUCGUAUACAAGGUGUUUGCAGCACUGCUGCACCGCCACGACGCUGCGUUCGCCAAAAAGUACGUGGUGCAACUCAUCAACCCGCUGUUCCGCUCAACGAGCAGGCUGGAAGAGCUCCAGAUCCAACGAGAGCAAGAAUUACUUCAGCUGCAGCGGACUCGCUACAAGGGUCGAGCAAGUGGUGCAUCGCUGGCGUCUACGACCCCUUCAGAGAGCGCACUGCUGGCACAAGAGGUGCUGCAGCUGUUGGAGCAAAAGCUAGGAGCGGCGCCAUUCUUGGAGGCGUACGCGUUUGUGCAGCGGAAACUGGCCGCCCGUCGCGUUGCACGCAAACUUGAGCGUCGAGCCGAAGCCGUGUCCGACCCUUGUCACGCUGCUCAGCGACGCAUGCAGAAGAACGAGCAGAAACGGCGUUCAAAGCAACUGCGCAAGCGCAAACACGCGGUACUGAAAGGGUCGACGUCAGCAGCCGUGCGCCCGACAAAGGUGCUUCGUCCUGGUGCCGAGUAG